UACCUUUCAUCACAGAACACCAUACUCCCACUUCCCCUGUACGGAAAUCGAGACCGCUCAAUGUCGCCAUCCGGGACGGAAAUUGUCAUCGCGCUGAACCCUAUGGAACACAUGCCCAUCCACCUCGGAAUCCCUUGCCAAGAAGUCCUCCCUCCAGCAGAAGGCCAGAUCACUCGCUAAGAGAGAAACCCCCCCCCCCUUUCGGUCAGGUUUUCUUUUCACAAAAUGGAAGACAAAACAAAGAUGCACGUAUUCAUACGCGCAGCCUCCCCAUGGCUCGACUCGCACCUGAAGGCGUUGAUCCAGCGACACGUGCCUUCGUCCAUCUUCUACGACGACUUCUCCGACUUCCCCCUGGACGCCUCCGUCGUCUUCCACUUCUGCGACGGGUGGGAGCUCAACCGGAACUUCGCCGUCGUCAGCGCCGCCGACAGGGCGCUUAUCAACGCGUACCCCAACAGCGACGCGCUGGCGCGGAAGAACUACCUCGCGCGCGUGGUCGAGCACUGGACGGCGAAGAACCCGCAGAGCAUCCUGAAGACGCACGCCCCGCCCACCGUGCGCCUGUCGCUCGACUACGCCGAGUAUGUCGACGAUGCGCUGACGGCGGCGGACGACCUCUCCCUGCUCUGCUCGCUCGAGGAGAACGAGAGUAGGCCUGCCGAAGAGCGCGAGUGGUGGAUUCUCAAGCCUGCGUUGGUGGAUUGCGGCGCCGGCAUCCGACUAUUCAGCACCAUGGAGGAGCUGGCGAGCCAUCUUGAGCUCGCCGAAGAUGAAGUCGAAGACGAGGACGAAGAGUCGGAGGAGGAGCCGGCGGCCGAACGCGACGUAGUUGCUAGGCUGACGACAGCCGACAAGAUGCCAGUAGAUGGGAGCGAAUUCUCGCCCACUCUAGCGACCCCCGGUCUUGACUCCCUAGACGGUCUUUUCACCGCAAUAGGAGGCAAUAAGGCCAACCACAACCCCCCCCCUCCUCCUCCUCCUCCUUCCGCCGCCGUUACCCGCGCGCCCAAAAAACAACCCUACGUCUUCAAAGAAGGCGGGCGGAUCCCCUCGUCCGAGAUGCGCGAGUUCGUCGCGCAGCGGUACAUCACCUCCAUCACGCCGCUCGAGAACCGGAAGUGGCACAUCCGCGCGUACGUGCUGUCGAUCGGGCGGCUGAAGGUGCACGUCUUCCGGGAGAUGCUGGCGCUGCUCGCGCUGGAGGACUACGCGCCCCCCUGGCGGAACCCGAGCCUCGGGUCCUCGCUGACCAACACCGCGCUGCAGGACGAGGAGGACUUCGUGCGGCGGGGGUCGAUGCGGGACUUCUGGGCGACGCCCGAUGACCUGCUGCCGGGCAAGCGCUGGAAAGAGCACGUGUUCGACCAGAUCUGCGAGGUCUCCGCCGAGCUGUUCCGCGGCGCCGUGCACACGAUGGCGGACCGCUUCACGACGCUAGACAAGUGCUUCGAGCUGUUCGGCGUCGACUUCCUGGUCGGCGCGGACGGGACGGCGUGGCUCCUGGAGGUCAACGAGACCCCGGCGUUCUACGAGCAGGGCGUCGCGGGCCCGAUAGCGCUGCGUCUGAUGGAGUCGGUCAUACUCAUUGCGAUGGAGCACAUGGGCAUGGUCGAGCCGGGCGACGAGCGGAAUGGGGAGGCUAGGAAGAGGAUGGUGGAGGUGUUGGACGAGACUAAUAGGCUGGCGAAGAGUAACAUCACGGAAAUUACAGCGGGAGAUUAA